AUGGCCCGCGGCAGCCUCGUCCCCCUCAUCGUCCUCGUGGUCGUCGUCACCGUCCUCGCCGUGAUCGGGUACAUCACCUGGUCGAUCGUGCAAGAAGUAACGCGCAACACGAAGUCCAAGAUGGAAAAGAAGAACGUGGUAUGGACGAAGGACGGCAUGAAGGUUGGAGUGAAGGAGUUGAAUAAUGAGGAUUAUCAGGACCGGACCCAGAGUGUUCUGGUGAAUAUGUGGAACCAUACUGCGUUUCCUGCUUAUAAGAGUCGGUUGUGGAAUAUGACGCAGCCGGCGGCGGAGGUGCAGGAGGCGGAGAGGAGAAGGGGGUAUUCGAAGUAG